UCAAAAUGGCUGCCUGACUACCUGUAAACUUGUGUUUUUUACCCAUAAUCCGUAAACAAAACGUUUAUUUUGCUAAAAAAAAUUUUGAAAACACCAACAUUGUAAACAGUUUUAGUGAUAACAUCGUCUGUGAUUUUAUUUGUGGCGGUUUUAUUCACGAUAAGUUUUUUAAAUACCUGUGUCAAUGCACUGAUGUUGAGUACAGUCUGCGUUAAAAAAUCCAGAAUGAAGCCACCUAUCCACCUCCACUUGCCGAAAAUAUGAAUUAUGAUGUUGUUCCGGUCGAAAAAUGAUCAUAACGUCUUCUCUCAUGGUUGAGAGACAGCUUCGAAAAACCCUUUACAUUUUUCUCUUAUUUUAUUUUUGUUUCCCCUGCGUAUCCAGUUAUUUGUUACUAAUAGACGAAAAGCAGCAACCCGGCGAUGUAAUAUUCAACGCUUCAGUAUACAGACUCGGCUCUGAACGGAAAUACAAAGUAAAUUCACACCGAUCCGCCCCGUUUGUAGAAAAUUUAAUCCACGUGGACCAACACAGCGGCCAAGUAUCCCUUCUGCAGAGCUUGCAGUGCAACGGACUCUACUACCCUAAUUUAUUCACAAUCCAUAUCGACUCCACAUCGAACCGACUGAGGGAUAUCGAUUACUACAGUCUCCCUCUACGUAUCCUCAUUGUGGGACCGCAGUGUACGGAACAAAACGACGAAAAUUUCGAAUAUUUACACGAAAACUCCAGACGGAGGCGCAGUUUUCACCAGCCCAAUCCUUUCCUAUCCCAAAUCCAUCCCUCCGUCAAACAGAGAAUCACCGAAGCGAAACAAUGGAUCUCCGAAACCUACGCAUCCUUCGCCAUCCCGACACCAGGAAAAUGGGAGAAAAUCUGCCUAAGGCAAUCCCAGUUCAUCAACUCGAUUUCCGCUUUCCUUCCGAAAACUAUCGGCGAAUUCUGCACAGUUGCAUUCAAUUACCUCAGCGACGACCGCUUCACAAUCGAACACAGCCAAGGCGAUUUGGUGGCAAGUAGAGAUGUGUGUAUAGUCGAACCGUUGUGGAAAGUAACUAUCCUGUUUUCGACCCGCUGUGAGGACAUACGGGUCCUCAACACAGAACACCGCUUGAAGAUAGUCUACCACCACCAACUCUUCAACGACACAGAUAUAGCCAAACGUGUUCGACGCGAAUUAAGAAAUCAGUCACCCUUCUUCGAAAAACCCCUAUACGUAGCAAGCGUGUUAGAAGAAUGCGACCCGGGGGUGGUAGUCACGACCGUCAAAGCCCGCGAUCCCGAAAACAGCCCCAUCAACUAUUCCAUGACGAGUUUACUGGACUCUCGUACUCAGGGAAUGUUCGAUAUCGACCCCAAAACCGGAAUCAUCACCACCAAAGUAAAACUUGACCGGGAAUUAGUGGAUGUCCACUAUUUCCGUGUCACCGCGAUGGAUGACAGUUUUCCGCCUCGCAGCGGCACGACCAUGCUCCAGAUCAAUGUUCUGGAUGCCAAUGACCACUCUCCCGUUUUCGAGAUGAACGAGUAUGAUGCGAGUGUUAAGGAGAGUGUGAGUGUGGGGUCGACCGUCAUCACGUUGAAAGCGACGGAUCAGGAUGUGGGGAAGAACGCCGAUGUGGAAUAUUCGAUUCAGAGUAUUAACGGAGGAGGAAUGUCGACGGAGGAGGAGGAUAAUCGAGCGUUUAAGAUUGACCCGAAGACGGGGGUUAUUACGACUAGAUUGAUGCUGGAUAGGGAAACGACGGAAGUGUAUACUUUGAUUAUUACUGCGAGCGAUUUGGCGACGCCUCAGAGUGCGAGGAGAUCGGCGAGCGCUAGUGUGGUAGUGCAUAUUUUGGAUGAUAACGAUAAUUAUCCGCAGUUUUCGGAAAGGACGUAUACGGUGGCGCUAGAUGAGGAUAUAGAUUGGAUGUCGAAUCCGGUUGUCGCACAUAUCAAAGCCACGGACGCCGACCAGGGUAAUAACGCUGCCAUCCGAUACGCCAUAAUAAGCGGCAAUACCCAAUCGCAAUUUUCCAUUGACAGCCUGACCGGUGACGUUUCACUUGUUAAACCAUUAGAUUAUGAAACCUUGCGUAAUUACCGCCUGGUUAUACGAGCCCAGGACGGCGGAAGUCCAGCCAGAUCAAACACCACACAAUUGCUAAUCAACGUUAAAGACGUCAACGACAACGCUCCACGAUUCUAUACCUCGCUCUUUCAAGAAAGCAUCCAAGAAAACGCACCCGCUGGUUAUAGCAUAGUUAAAGUACAAGCCUACGAUGCCGACGAAGGUCCUAACGCCGAUAUAAAGUACACUAUAGCACCAAGAGACUCCAUAGGGGGCAGCACUGAAGACUUCCCAUUAAGUGUGGACCCCCACAGUGGCUGGAUCACCACUACGAAAGAACUAGACAGAGAGGACCAAUCGAAAUUUAUGUUCCAGGUUAUAGCAACCGACCAAGGCAACCCCCCUCAAUCCGCCAGCGCUAGCGUAGUAAUAACGGUGCAAGACGUCAAUGACAACGACCCAGUUUUCGAACCAAAAAUCUACGAAGCUGUGAUUUCUGAAGACGACUCUCCGGGAACACCAGUGGCUACGGUGACGGCGACCGACGCCGAUGAAGAUGCUCGCUUACACUACGAACUCACCAAUGGCAACACCAGAGGGCGCUUCGCCAUAACCUCGCAGAACGGACGCGGCGUCAUAACUGUAGCCCAACCCUUAGAUUAUAAGCAAGAGAAGCGCUAUAUAUUAACCGUGACGGCUGCGGACUCGGGUGGACGUACUGACACAGCCACAGUUUACGUCAACAUCACCGAUGCCAACAAUUUUUCGCCGGUUUUCGAAAAUGCGCCGUAUACGGCGAGCGUUUUCGAAGACGCGGUCGUGGGAACGACGGUUCUGGUGGUUUCAGCGACGGACAACGAUGUUGGGUUGAACGCGCAGAUCACGUAUUCGUUGGGGGACGACGGUGAUCAUCCGGCUGAGUUUACGAUAAAUCCGCAAACUGGUGCGAUUAUUACGACGAAAACUUUGGAUAGGGAGACGAUGAGCGGGUAUUUACUUACUGUGACUGCUCGAGAUGGGGGAAACCCCCCUUUGUUGGAUACUACAGAUGUGGAGAUAUCAGUGACAGAUGUUAAUGAUAAUUAUCCUGUGUUUAAACAGGCGGCUUAUUCGGGGAGCGUGCUGGAAGAUGCCGUUGUGGGUACUUCGGUGGUUCAAGUAUCAGCCACAGACGCCGACGUGGGGCUCAACGGCAAAAUAUCCUACUCCUUGAGUGAGAAAGACAAAGAAGACGGUUCCUUCGUCAUAGACGCCACAAGUGGCGUCAUACGAACCAACAAAGGCCUAGAUCGAGAAUCGGUGGCCGUCUAUGAACUAGAGGCCUACGCCAUCGAUCGUGGAUCACCGACUUUGAGUAGUUCCGUACCGGUAACCAUCCGCAUCGAUGACAUCAACGACUCACCGCCUGCGUUCGACUCAGACAAAAUAGUUCUAUGCAUACCCGAAAACAGCCCAAUUGGCUCAACCGUGGGAGAGAUAUACGCAAAAGACCCAGACGAAGGUGUCAACGCCAUCGUACAAUACUCAAUUAUAGGUGGCGAGGACAGCCAAAGUUUCUCUCUAGUCACAAGACCUGGCUCCGAAAAAGCCGACUUAUUAACCAUGACCGAACUAGACUACGAAAGCCCCAAAAAGAAGUUCGAUUUGAUCGUGCGCGCAGCGAGCCCACCGUUACGCAGUGAUGCGCAUGUCGAGAUUAUCGUUACGGAUGUUAACGACAACGCUCCGGUUCUUCACGAUUUUCUCAUCAUGUUUAAUAACUACAGGGAUUUUUUUCCAACCGGACCGAUCGGACGCAUCCCGGCUUUCGAUGCAGACGUUUCCGAUAAGUUGCACUAUAAGAUUCUGAGUGGGAAUAAUGCGAAUUUGGUGGCUUUGAAUGAGAGUACGGGACAGAUACAGUUGUCGCCGCAGCUUAACACGAAUGUUCCUAAAAUAGCGUCCAUGGAGGUGUCGGUUACAGAUGGGGUUAAUGAAGUGAAAGCGAUCAUGCAGUUGUCGGUUAGGUUGAUAACAGAGGAGAUGUUGUAUAAUUCGAUUACGGUCAGGCUUAACCAGAUGACGAAAGAAGCGUUCUUGUCGCCCCUGUUGGGGUUCUUUAUGGACGGAUUAGCAGCCAUUAUUCCGUGUCCUAAAGAGAACAUCUUCAUUUUUAGCGUACAGGACGACACAGAUGUAGACGCGAAAAUUCUCAAUGUGAGCUUUUCGGUAAGACGGCCUGACAUACCGAAGGAAGUAUAUUACGCCCCUCAGUUUCUGCAAGAGAGGGUUUAUCUGAAUAGAGGUAUCCUCGCUCGACUUUCCACAGUACAGAUUCUCCCCUUCGACGACAACCUUUGCGUCCGAGAACCCUGCCUCAACUACGAAGAAUGUCUCACGGUGCUGAAGUUCGGCAACGCGUCAGAUUUUAUCAGCAGCGACACCGUUCUCUUCAGGCCGAUCUACCCAGUGACGACGUUCACGUGUCAGUGCCCCAAAGGAUUCACAGGUUCACGGGAACAUUAUUUAUGCGACACAGAAGUAAACCUGUGCUAUUCAUCACCUUGUCAGCAUAACGGGACUUGCAAGGUUCGAGAAGGUGGUUACACUUGUGUUUGUGCUCACGGCUACACGGGAACGAACUGCGAGUUGAAACUCACCGACGAUUACUGUAAUCCCAAUCUAUGCAAAACGGGAAGUACAUGUAAUCCGAAAAACGGCAAAUCGUUUGUGUGCGAGGAGUGUUCGCUGGAUACGGGGUCCGAGCACUAUACGUCGUUGUGCGAGUUGAAGACAAGGAGUUUUACGAAGAGCUCGUUUUUGACGUUUCCGAGUUUGAAGCAGAGGCAUCGGUUGCAUUUGAGGUUGAGGUUCGCCACCCAAUCCCGCAACGGCUUACUCCUAUACAACGGCCGCUAUAACGAACUCCACGACUUCAUUUCAUUAGAAAUCAUCAACGAUCAAAUCCAGUUCUCCUUUUCUCUCGGUAGUAAUGUGACAAAAGCCGUCGCUUCAAUACCAGGCGGGAUUUCUGACGGCAAUUGGCAUUCAGUCGACGUAUCCUACUUUAAUAAAUCCGUCACUGUAUCCAUCGACGACUGCGACACCGCCUUGGCCUUGAAACACGGAAAGGACUUAGGCGGAAAGUGGGCAUGCGCAGGUUUCGCCGAGUACCAAUUGGAACCACGGUGUGCCUCUCUCACCGAAACGUGUCACAGGUUUCUAGAUCUCACAGGACCACUACAACUUGGAGGUUUACCGUCGUUGUCCGCCAAUUUCCAGACGAGGAAUCGACACUUCGAAGGGUGCAUCUCUGACUUUGAAGUCGAUUAUAAGUUCGUCGAUUUAAAUACGUUUGUAACUGAUAAUGGUACUUCACCUGGGUGUCCGGAGAAACGCUCAUUUUGCACAUCCAGCCCUUGUAAAAAUGGUGGUGUUUGUAGAGAGGGAUGGGCAAUGUUUCGUUGUGUGUGUCCAGGGGGGUACGGCGGAAGAGACUGCGGGGAGAUGAUAAGCCAGCCGUGGCACUUUUCGGGGGAUGGUACUCUUUCGUUUAACCCAUUGUUGCGACCCAUACAGUUACCGUGGUUGAACGCUUUGUCUGUGAGGACGUUACAGAAAGACACGUUUUUGAUGUCGAUUCAAGUUGGUCAGAAUAGCUCGGCUGUGAUUUCUUUACAAAAUGGGUUCCUUCUGUAUUCAUACAACGGCGAAUCUUUCUCUCUCUCAACUAAAGAUUUAUCGAAUGGAGAGUGGCACCACGUUGAGAUUACGUGGGUCGGCACUGAAAUUAAGCUCUCGAUAGAUUAUGGUGAACACACUUCCAUCGUUCAAUUUACAGAAAAAAUCCAGGGUUUAUACAUCGGAAAAAUUUUAAUCGGGGGCCCCGACAACUCCUACAGUAGUUUAAACGCAGGCUUUAACUACCUCGAAGGGUGUAUCCAAGACGUCCGCAUCGGUACGCAACAAACCACCCUCAACCGCCCCACUGUGAAAGAGAACGUCGAAGACGGCUGUCCUUCUCUAACAGAGUGUCAAAGCGAUUGUCCAGCCACCUCAAAAUGUAUAACCAAAUGGGGCCGUUCCUCCUGCGAGUGUUACGAAGGCCACGUCGGCCCUCUCUGCGUCCCGGUUUGCACCGUGAGCCCGUGCGAGCGCUCCAGCACUUGCGUCGAAACCAAAACCAGAAGAGGCUACACCUGCCACUGCAAUUCCACCGAGUACUCGGGCGACUACUGCGAGAACAAAGUGGCCCAACCGUGCCCCUCCAGCUGGUGGGGGUACCCCGUGUGCGGCCCAUGCCACUGCGACGUAGAAUUCGGUUACAACCCCGACUGCGACAAAAGCAAUGGCCAGUGUAGUUGCCGAGAAAACCACUACCAGCCCAAAGGCACCACGAAGUGCAUUCCCUGUGACUGCUAUCACGUGGGGUCGUUCAGCACGCAGUGCGACCACGAAACGGGUCAGUGCAGGUGUCGGGAUGGUGUCAUAGGGCAGAAGUGUGAUUCUUGUCCGAACACGUAUGCCGAGGUUACGCUGCAAGGGUGUGAGGUGAUUUACGAUGGGUGUCCGAGGAGUUCGGCUGACAAGAUUUGGUGGCCGAGGACGGUGUUUGGGGUGGAGGCGGUAGAGAAUUGUCCGAAAGGAGCGCUGGGGAAGGCGUCGAGGAUUUGUGAUGAUGAUCUAGGGGGUUGGCAGGAGCCGGAUUUGUUUAAUUGUACGUCGGAUAGGUUCGUGGAGUUGAGGGAGCAGCUGAGUAACAUAGAGAAGGGAGAUUUGUUGUUGAAUACGUUUGUGGCUAUUAAGUUGGCGUCGGAUCUUUAUAAGGCGACGAAUGUCACACCGACGCUUUAUGGGGCUGAUGUGUUGGUGGUUUUUGAUUUGGUUAAGGAGCUGCUGAUGUAUGAGUCGAGGAUGCAUGGGCUUAAUUUGACGCACAGUCAGGAUAAGGACUAUAUUCACAACAUCGUAAAUUCGGUUGGCGUGGUUUUGGACGAAAAAUACCAACGCCACUGGAACAGAAUUAAGCAGCUUACUGGAGAGGGCGCAGACCAUUUAAUCGGCUACAUAGAAAAUUACAUAAACAUACUAUCCAUAAGCCAGCACGAUACCUACACAAACCCAUUCGAAAUCGUGUCCCCAAAUAUGAUUCUCGGUUUGGACGUCGUCACUCCUGAAUCUCUGUACGGCUACGAACCAGACACCAUUCCGGCAGUAUCCAAAGACCAUACUUUUACAACCGAAAGGGUAAUCUUACCCGACACUUCCCAAUUUUUACAAGACAACUCCCAGAAAUCGUCCGGUCCAUUGGUAGCUUUCCCGAAAUACAACAACUAUUUAUUGGACAAAGCCAAGUUCGAUCAAAACACUCGGGUUUUAAUCCCGCUCAAACUACUAGGGAUCAAACCCGUCGAACACGGCCAACUAAUAACAAAACACACCUUACCCGAAGUGGGGGCAGUUGUAAGCUACGCCCAGUAUAAACAAGCAAAUUCUUUAAUGCCGCAGAAGUAUGACGACUCUGUUGUGAGGAGAUGGGGUGUUGACAUCACCAUCGGCUCGCCACUGAUUUCUGUGGGUGUUCUCGUACCAGAAUAUGUGGAUGCAGUGGUUAAAACAACGACGGAAAGAAAUGUCGUAUUUGAGGACGUCAGACUUCCCGAAAUCGAUCUCUCGGAACAAGAUAUGUUUCCAAAGAAAGCACUCACUGAACCGGAAGUGAAGAUGCACGAGAAUGAUCCCAUUUAUCUGCGAUCUCGGCAAAGACGUGAUAAUAACCUCAGUAGAAAACUGCUAUAUAGAAGUUUGUCGGGUAUUGUUUUAAAGAUACCAGUGAAGUUACAAAUUUGGUUGGACUCGAACAAAACUCUGUUUAAUGAGAGGUCAAAUCCGCAGUGCGUGCAUUGGUCUACUAUUAGAGGGUUUGGGGAGUGGUCACGGGUGGGUUGUCGCACUGAGAUUGGUGAGGACUGGUUUGACACGUACGAUAAAACACCACUUAUAGUGAAUUGUACUUGCAAUCAUUUAACGACGUUCGCGGUGCUUGUAGAUGUUGUCGAUUUAGAGUAUAUUCCUGAACCGUCUCUACUGGAAGAUAUUUCAAGCUAUAGUUGUUUUGCCAUCUCUUUGCCCUUAUUGCUUGCGGCAUAUCUUAUUCUAGCGCUUAUCCGUGGCUUACAAACGAAUUCAAACACCAUAAGAAAGAAUUUAGUUUUGUGUGUUUUUCUUGCCGAGUUGUUAUAUUUUAUAGCUUUAAAGGCGCGAAAACCGAUGGUUAGUAGCGACCUUCCGUGUAAACUGGUGGCUAUUGGUUUACACUAUUUAUGGUUGGCAUCUUUUUUCUGGAUGUUAGUUGAUGCUCUUCAUUUGUACAGAAUGCUCACAGAAAUGCGUGAUAUUAAUCAUGGACCAAUGCGUUUUUAUUAUAGCAUGGGAUAUGUGAUACCAGCAGUAGUGGUUAGUUUGGCCGUUGGAGUUAGAGCACACCAAUACGGAAAUUAUUAUUUUUGCUGGGUUUCCCUCUACGAAAGCGUGAUAUGGAGUCUAGUCGGCCCAAUUUGCCUUCUAGUACUGAUCAACCUGUUUAUAUUAAUAAUGGCGAUUCGAGCCGCGUUUACACUACAAGAUCACGUACUAGGUUUUGGAAAUUUAAGAACUUUGCUGUGGGUGUCAGUGGUAGCCCUACCAUUACUUGGAGCCACUUGGAUCCUUGCUGUUUUAGCAGCCUCUGAACGUCACCCUCUACUGACGCCAUUUUUAUCAGCGGCUGUUUUAAUACACGCUGCGUUUUCAUUGGCUGGUUAUUGUUUCGCCAAUAACCGAGUGAGACAAAACCUACUUAGAUCGAUAAUGCGAUGUAUGGGUAAAAAAGUACCACUUUUGGAAACCACCUCAGUGGUGGGUGUACCCAGUACGAGUAGCCAAAAUAUUACAAGUCAAUCGAGGUCGGCACUGGCUUACCACUCAACUCUAGACCCAACUCGUCGCAAUAUUGGCAUAUCAACGUCUAGUACCACCUCAAGAUCCACCACCAAAACAAGCUCUAGCCCCUACAGAAGCGACACUCAUUUAAGACACACUUCUACUAGUACUUCAAACUAUAACUCAACCAGCGAUGUACCGUCAUACAUGAGAGGUUUUGAGCACGAAACCGGGCUACACAGACACAGAGAACCACCAGAGGCUACCGAACGUCGUGAACGUAGAGCCGAUAGCGACUCAGAUUCCGACGGUUCAGAAGGACGAAGUUUAGAUUUAGCGUCUAGUCAUUCAAGUGAUGAUGAUGAAUCUAGUACAAGAAGACACAGAAAUAGAGGACCAUCUGCCCGACAGGGAUAUCUUCCAAACAUUACAGAACACGUAGUUUCACGAUGUGGAACUCCACCGUCACUUAACGUCAACAAUUCCCAACUGUUUCCAUCAGUGCAAUCCGGUUAUGGUUCCAGAUGGUCCAGUCAGUUGCCGGAGGCAUACUUGCCCAACCCAAAUGUUCCAGAAGUUGGAAGGUGGUCAGCAGAAACCGGUUCAGACAAUGAGUUCUGUCAUAAAACUAAUUCGCCUAACCCACUGCCAAACCCCGACGUCACUCCCGAAACAUGCCUGCCAACUCUACAGUCAGAACAGUACAUGGUUCGCACACAUUAUGACAAUCACUACAACCCGAACAGUCAAGGUUACAAAAGCGAUUAUUUAUCAAAGAUGAUGCACCAUGAUAACAUGAAUUUCCAAGAUUAUGCGGAAAGAGGCUCAGACGUUGAUGAUAAGCAUCACAUGAACGAUAAAUAUCUCUUCCCCUAUACAGACGAUACAUACAUAGCUGAGGAGGAUCACGUGACGAGUCACAACAAUUACAUGCAUCCGCAGAGUCGGAUUAUGUCUCCAGUGUCGAACGAUAUUAAUAAUCCGGGAAUGGAGUACCAUGGUUCGCACAUGGGUUCCCGUAUGGGUUCAGUGCUUGGGUCGAUUCAUGGUUCGGUUUGUGGGAGCGUUAGAGGAUCGCCUUCUCCUCUAAUGCCUCCCGUGUCCAUGAUACAUUCGACUCAUCCUCCAGAACCUCCACAGAAGGAAGACAAGAAUGAAGAAACGUCUGUCUGAUGGAGGGUAAUUUAGUUCAUGUACAAAUUGGUUAUUUAUUGUUGUGUUUUUUUUUUAUAUAAGUUUUAUCGUUUUGUAUAUGUUCAUCCACUGAAAGACUGUAAGUAUAAUCGUAACAAUCUAUGACAUUCCGAAUUUAUUUAGUAAAUGAGCUUUACUAUACUGUAUUUAAAAUUAUAGGUAAUCCUUGUAUGUCUACAAAUUGCCAUGGUUUUAUUAUUUAAGUUAAAUAUAGUAUUUAAAGUAGAUUUAAUAGAUUGAUUAGCCAUCAGAGGAGAAGACUAAGAUAUUUUUAAGCCAUAAAUUAUCAUUUCGUUUGCGAAAAAAUCGAAAAUAUUUUUGUGUAAAUUUUGUAUGAAACCUGUGCCUAAAAAGCUUUUUUAUAUGGAAGUUUUCAUUUUUUGUAUAAAUGUUUGUAUCACUAAGGAUAUUUUGUAAGAUCUCAGUAUUUAUUUAGCUUAGGGAUUUUGUAUAUCACUUCUAUGAACGUACUCAACUAGACGUACUUUUUUAUCGUUUUGACUGUGCAAUCAAUUUUCAUACAUUCCAUUUUUUUAUACAUUUUUGUACACUAUUGUGAUUUUUUUAUUUUAUUAAACUGUCUCAGA